AUGUCGGUUCCAUCGCGGCAGAUCAAGUGUGUGGUGGUGGGUGAUGGAACAGUCGGAAAGACCUGCAUGCUCAUCUCCUACACCACCGACUCGUUUCCGUUGCAGUAUGUGCCGACCGUCUUUGACAACUACUCGGCCCAGAUGACGGUUGACGGGCAUUUGGUCAACCUUGGGCUCUGGGAUACGGCUGGGCAGGAAGACUAUGAUCGCCUCCGGCCCCUCUCCUACCCACAAACCGACGUGUUUGUGCUGUGCUUCUCCGUUGUCUCGCCAGUCUCUUUCGACAACGUCACCACCAAGUGGAUUCCGGAGAUCCGGGCCCACUGUCCGGAUGCGCCGAUUCUUCUCGUUGGAACGAAAAUCGAUUUGCGCGACGACCCGAACCACACGGCCGAUCCCCGGGGCCCGAUUCUGAAGGCGCAGGGACAGAAGGUGGCCCAGCGGAUCAAAGCUGUGCGCUACUUGGAGUGCUCGGCAUUGACGCAGCAUGGACUUCGACAGGUUUUCGAAGACGCUGUCCGUUCGGUCCUCAACCCCAAGCCGAUCAAGUCGAAGAGGAAGUGCACCAUCCUA